AUGGCCCCCAAGUAUCCCGAGUUUGAGCCAAAGGGUAAUAAAUUACGACGAUGGAUGGAGCGUGCCGAUGAGCCUGGGUGCCCCAUUUCUAGGACCACACUUACUCUCCCAGGCCUCGAUCAUAGGGUCUGGAAUAUAGCUGGCCACCCGGAGUUCCUUGCAGACGAAUGGACGUACUGGGCCAAUACUCUUGGCCUCACAGUUGAUGGCACAGCAAGCCACCCGAAACCUAUUUAUCGAUUCCAAUCAGUUCUUAAAAUCAACGGCGACUUUACCUUUUGGGUUGGACGAACAGGACCAGGCGUGAUAUUUAUGGAUAAUCUCAUGAGAUCAAAUGAUCCCGAGAAUUUUUACAUGUCUGAGUUUGCCAAGGCUUUCUACGAGUUGGAUUUCCCCUUGGAAAGCCUGAAGUAUGUUUUUGUUAAUACUAUUAUUCAAAAGGAAACUAUCCCCUUUAUCUGGGAUCACAUUUACAAAUCCCGGGAGGGACUUGAGCGUCCGCCCAAGGAGCCACAAACUUGGGAGUCCCCUUCGCCGGAAUUUUGCGGUCUUCUUGGUACUCCCAUUGGUAAAGUUGUCGCCGCCUUAGUCUUGUGUGCAUAUGGUCAAGGAGUCAAACGGAUCUCACGAAUUGUGACAUUCCACGAAGGCGAAGACCGAAGUGAGUUUAACCUUCGGUUCGAUAUUGAGGAUGUCUAA